GUGGGGUCGGUGCGGGCUGGAGGAACGGGCGAGUACGGCGGGGCUGAGCAAGGGUGUAAUUGGCGGCGGCAGACGGAACCGGCCGGGUUCGGCCGGCGCUCUCCCACCCCACCGCUCGACCCUCCAUCAGUCCCGGCUUGAGUUGCCAUGUCGCUGUUGCAGUCGGCGUUGGAGUUCUUGGCCGGGCCCGGCUCUUUAGGAGCCGCCAGCCGGGAUCAAAACGAUUUCGUGGGGCAGGUGGUGGAGUUGGGCGACAUGAAGCUGCGGAUCAAGAAGGUCAUCGCGGAAGGUGGCUUCGCUUUUGUAUAUGAAGCUCAGGAUCUUGGAAGUGGGAAGGAUUAUGCUUUAAAGAGAUUAUUGUCCAAUGAAGAGGAAAAGAACAAAGCUAUCAUUCAAGAAGUUUGCUUCAUGAAAAAACUAUCUGGACACCCAAACAUUGUCCAGUUCUGUUCUGCUGCCUCCAUUGGAAAAGAAGAAUCGGAUACUGGGCAAGGAGAAUUUCUUCUGCUCACAGAACUUUGUAAAGGGCAGCUGGUGGAAUUUUUAAAGAAAGUGGAAUCUAAAGGCCCCCUCUCGUGCGAUACAGUUUUGAAGAUAUUUUAUCAGACUUGCCGUGCUGUGCAACAUAUGCACAAGCAGAAGCCCCCUAUUAUCCACAGAGACUUAAAGAUUGAAAAUACGCUGAUAAGUAAUCAAGGAACAAUUAAAUUGUGUGAUUUUGGUAGUGCAACAGUUGUGACACAUUAUCCUGAUUAUAGCUGGUCUGCACAAAGACGGGCAACUGUUGAAGAUGAGGUCACAAGGAACACUACGCCAAUGUAUAGAACUCCUGAAAUUAUAGAUUUAUAUUCAAACUUUCCAAUUGAUGAAAAGCAAGAUAUAUGGGCCUUGGGUUGUAUCCUCUACUUGUUGUGCUUUAGGCAACACCCAUUUGAAGAUGGAUCUAAGCUUCGAAUAGUCAAUGGAAAAUACUCCAUUCCACAGAAUGACACAAAAUAUACUGUGUUUCAUGAUCUUAUACGUUCUGCUUUGAGGGUGAACCCAGAAGAGAGGUUGUCCAUCACUGAGCUUGUCAAUCAACUGCAGGAGAUUGCAGCUGCUAGAAAUGUGAACCCAAAGUCUCCUAUCACAGAGCUUCUUGAACAAAAUGGGGGCUACGGGAAUUAUGCACAGCCUAAGACAUCUUCAGCCUUGGUGCCACAGAACUCAAAACCUGCUGGCCAGCUUAACAAUAUAUAUAAUGCAGGGCUGAUAGUUGCAGAAUGUGACCAGACUUCUGGUGGAUUUUUUGAUAUCCUUCGAGGUGGGACUGAAAGAUUUUUCACAAAUAUCAAGGAUACAUCUUCAAAAGUUAUUCAGUCUGUAGCCAAUUACGCAAAAGGAGAUUUGGAUAUAUCAUACAUUACAUCCAGAAUUGCUGUGAUGUCAUUUCCAGCAGAAGGUGUUGAGUCUGCUAUAAAAAAUAACAUUGAAGAUGUGCGGCUCUUUUUGGAUUCAAAACAUCCCGGGCGCUAUGCUGUCUACAAUCUGUCCCCAAGAUCAUAUCGGCCUUCCAGAUUUCACAAUAGGGUAUCGGAAUGUGGUUGGCCGGCAAGGCGUACACCAAAUCUUCAAAACCUUUAUAGCAUUUGUAAGAACAUGCAUUCAUGGUUGAAGCAAGACCCGAAGAAUGUUUGCAUUGUCCACUGCCUUGAUGGAAGAGCAGCCUCCGCAGUCGUGGUCUGUUCUUUUUUAUGUUUCUGUCGCCUCUUCACCACAGCUGAAGCUGCUGUUUAUAUGUUUAGUAUGAAACGUUGUCCUCCCGGCAUUUGGCCAUCGCAUAAGAGAUAUAUUGAAUAUAUGUGUGACAUGAUGGCGGAUGAGCCCAUAAUUCCUCACAGCAAGCCAAUCCUCAUAAAGUCAAUCAUCAUGACUCCAGUUCCUCUCUUCAGCAAGCAGCGCAAUGGCUGCAGGCCUUUCUGCGAAGUUUAUGUUGGAGAUGAAAGAAUAACCACUACCUCACAAGAAUAUGAUAAAAUGAAGGAUUUCAAAAUGGAAGAUGGGAAAGCAGUCAUCCCAUUAGGCAUCACUGUCCAAGGAGAUGUCCUCAUUGUGAUAUAUCAUGCCAGGUCCACUUUAGGUGGCAGACUCCAAGCCAAGAUGGCAUCAAUGAAGAUGUUCCAGAUCCAGUUUCAUACAGGAUUUGUACCUCGCAAUGCCACCACUGUGAAAUUUGCAAAGUAUGAUCUGGAUGCCUGUGAUAUUCAAGAGAAGUAUCCUGACUUGUUUCAAGUGAAUCUAGAAGUAGAAGUAGAGCCACGAAACAAGCCCAUCAUGGAACGAGCUCCCUGGGAUAACUUGAACAUCAAAGGCCUAAAUCCCAAGAUCCUUUUUUCCAGCCGCGAAGAGCAACAAGAGAUUUUAUCAAAAUUUGGAAAGCCGGAACUGCCCAGGCAGCCAGGGUCAACUGCCCAAUACGAAGCAGAAGCGUCAACAUCGGAAGCCUCCUCUGAAGGUCCACCUGUGGAGCCAGACUCUCCAGAAAGCAGCAGUGCCGAGGCAAACUUCUUUCAUACACUUGACUGGCAAGAAGGAAAACAGUCUGAAACUGCUCCUGAAGGUUCCUUUUCUCAAGAGAGUCCUGGGCGCGAUGAAGAAGAGGAGGAGAUCGAACCUUCCAAUGAGGAAUUCUCGGCAUUCCCCGAUGAUGUUGGACCUUUGGAGGACAGAGAGUUGCACCUCUUGGAAGAGAAAGAUGGCAAGCAUUUUUUUGAAGCUGCCUUUGAUAUACCAGCUGCUCAGUCAGAAGAGGCUCCUGAGGUACACAGCAUUGACUUGCUUGGGCUGGAUUCAGAGGCUGCUCCUGAACUGCUCCAACCUCCAACGGAGAUGAAGAGUUCUUCCAGCAAUGCAGACUUGCUGAAUGGGCUCUUUGUUGGUAGCACUCCAGACAUUUCAGAAGAUUCAACUGCAGACCUCCUGGGCGGAGGAGCAGACUUUUUUUUUGGUGGCCAGCCCCAGGCCUCAGCCAAUUCCCAGGGCAACAGUUCCUCAGCAGCAGCCACCUCUUCUUCUACAGCUGGCCAGUUUGACCCAUUCACAGUAAAUGCAGACAGUCCAACUCUUACCGGUCCUGACCUCUUUGGUGACUUUCUUAGUUCAAAUGCACCAGCUGUACCUGCAGUGUUUCCUUCCACACACAGUGCACCGCCUCCUUCCUCUAGCACAGACUUCCUUAAUUUGGGCAAUUUGGCCCCAGAACCACCUAAAAUAACUUCCUCAGCAAGCCAGCCAGACCUUUUAGGUGGCUGGGAUUCUUGGACUGACAGCACUGUCCCAACAGCGCCUAAGAAAUCAACUUUGGAAGCUCCAGCUUUCACAACCGGAGGGCCAGCGAGUGGCUCCUUGGGUCAUUCCUCCAAUCAAGCAAAAUCACAGAACCUUGACCCUUUUGCUGACCUUGCAAACUUGAGGAGUGGCCUUCCAGGAACAUCUAGUGGAGGCUUCUCAGCUGGCAGUUUUGCGGCCAAGUCAGCUCAAAAAUCAGCGGGGACUCAGUGGCAGACAAGCAAGCCACAAACCACUGGCACUUCAUGGCAACCGCCACCCCAGCCCAAACCUCCGGAACAAGCCAAGUUGGGCACACAACCCAAACCCAACUACACUGUGAAUUUCAGUGUAAUCGGAGGGCGGGAGGAGAGAGGCAUCCGAGCCCCUGGCUUUGGACACAAACCCAAAGUUUCAGAAAAUGACUUUGAAGACCUUUUGUCAAAUCAAGGCUUUUCAGCAAAGUUUGACAGAAAAGGACCCAAGACCAUUGCUGAGAUGAGAAAGCAAGAACUAUCUAAAGAUAUGGACCCUCUAAAAUUAAAGCUUCUAGACUGGAUUGAUGGAAAAGAGAGGAAUAUAAGAGCAUUAUUAUCUACUCUUCACACUGUGCUUUGGGAAGGUGAAACCAAAUGGAAGCCAGUUGGGAUGGCAGACCUGGUUACCCCUGACCAGGUCAAAAAGUACUAUAGAAAAGCAGUGCUUGUCGUUCAUCCAGAUAAGGCUACGGGGCAGCCUUAUGAGCACUAUGCCAAAAUGAUCUUCAUGGAGCUGAACGACGCGUGGUCAGAAUUUGAAAACCAAGGCUCAAAAUCCCUUUUUUAACAGAAGGUCCCUCUCGCAAGGGAAUUGAUUUCAAAAUGCAUUGGCAGCAAAACUGAAUCUCGCGUGCUGUAGUGUAACCUCCUUAGUUGGAGGAGGGAAGCGAAACAACUUUCCCUGUUCUUGCACAAUUUAAAACUGUACACGCAGCCACACAAGUGUGUAUUGUAGGAGAUAAAAUGUGAAACUUCGCAAAGAUGGCAUUCCCAUCAGUGCUGGGAAGUUUGUGUGGUGGAAGUGGCAAGUUUCAGGCUAUGUUAGAGAAGGUUGAAUGCACCAGUAAUUCUAAUAAUGGCUGCUGGCGUGAGCAAAAUUUUGCUAGUGGGAACAUCAUCUGUUUCGAAUCUUGAUUAUUAUUUUUUUUAAUUUUCCAUUUGAAAAACACAAAACCUCAAUUUGCAUUUCUGUUUUAUUUCCCAUGCAGUGUUUGUGAUCCUCCACCCCCUUUUGUUCCUUGUUUGCCUUAUUUAAGUGCUUUUGUGACCCUAUAGUCUGUGAGUUCGCUCGACAUCAUUUUUUUUCUCGUUUCUGUUAGAGGUGUACAUUUUUCUUCUGUAUUUUAUGUAAUCCUUCCAAUGAUCAUUCUGUAAAUAAUUAAAAUAGUUUUCUGACAACACCUGUGUUCCUUACACUGCAUCAACAGUUACUUAGCCAAAAGCUGUUCCAAUUGGAUAAAGAAGUUGGCUUGGACAAAUCUUGUGUUUGUACUACUUCCUUUUUAAAAAAAAAAAAACAAAUUUGUAAACUAUAAACAAAGAAGCAGAGCUCAAGGGCUGGGUAGUCUUGCCUUAUUUAUAAUAUUGUUGGAGGCAAGACAGUUAAUGUUAAGAUGUUCAACCAGAAAGAUAGUGCUUGUGACUUCUUCCUCUUGGCUGCACUGGGUGAUCAACAUGCAAUUUGCAGGCAGGUUGACACAUGCACAGAUGGAAACAGAAGUCCGUUCGAUUACUGUUUUGGUUUGCAUUUGAUGAAAUUGCGUAAAUUGGCCAUUUUGAAGGAAUUUGCAUACUUUUGCUAGCCAUUGCUAACUUUUGUUCAUUAUUUAUGAAGUCUGCAGAGUCUGGAGGUUUGCAUGUGCCCUGUUCAAGGCUAUCAAUAUGUAUGAUUAAAUAGAUGGAUAGAUAGAUAUUACUUUAAAGACAAUCCCUCCUACUUGAUGUGUCCUUUAGAACACUUGGUUCUAAAACUGGGGAGAAAAAUUCACUUUUGGGUGUAGCUGAAUACUGUAAUGUAGUUCAACGUUGUAUCAGAUUAGCAGCCUGCUCAAUCAACAUUUGGUCUCCGAGCUGCAUUAGUAACUCCCAGUAGAGAGUUUAGUUUGCCAUUCAAAUUUAUUCACUGUUUUAUGGUAUUAUGGAUUGUUUUGUCUGGUUAGGUGACCGCUGAGGUGAAGCUUGGCAUAAUCACUGAAGGGCUGUUUUAUUUGUCAGCAACUCCUGAACAAAUUUAACUCAAAAGUGCUGUGUCUUUUUCCCUUUAGAGAGCCAACUCUAUUUUGGGGGAAAAGAAGGGCAGAAGUGUUGAUAAGAGGUCCUAUUU